GACGGCUCCAAGAAAUAGAGGUUGAAGCAUCGGCGCGGCAGAGGGAGACAUCGAUCUGUGAGCGUCCGCGGCCUGUCGGUGGCAACUAGUCGAAUCAUCUCAUGGACGACGACGACUUGGAGAAGGAAGUGCAGGCCCUACAGCUUCAGAUCACUGAGCUGAAUCGGCUGCUGUUCUCGACGUCCGACAACGCCAAGAGAAAGUCACUUGAGCAACAGAUAGAAGAGCUAGAAGAAGAAGGCAUUGCGCUGAGAAAGAAAUGCCACGACGAGAAGGAACUCAUGCCAGUCGUGCGAGCAGCGACGAAUGCGCGACCCGCCAGCGCACGACCCCGACGGACAACUCUCAAGCCCGUGAUAGAGGACGCCGAAGUACCCGUGGCGCACCUGACGCCUGAACUGGCCCGGAGACACUUUACAAACAUCAUCAACCUCGACAACGACGCCAUCCGCGAUAUUCUCACUCCUUCCCACAACGACAAGUUCCCCGCCAUGGCCGUCAUCGAGUCCGGGGUCAAGACGUUCUGGAUGUCGUCGGGCAUGUACCCCCAAAUGAUCCGCCUCAUGCUGCGCCAGACCGUUUACAUCGCGUCCGUGGAAGUCACGUGUCUAUUUGUGAAGGAGCUCGUGAUUCAUUGUACACACAGCCGGUCGGUGGUCAAUCCGGACCCGAUCCGGGUCACGUUGCCGCCGCCGUCGUGGUUGGAUUCCGGUACGCACCCUUUUCUCGUUCGGGAAGGACUCGAAUGGAUGACAGGGGAGAUGGACUUUCGCACCCGCAUCUCGCACAAGUUCAAGUUCGAAGGCGACGCGGUCGAAGCCAUUGACGUCCGAAUUUUGAGUGGAUACGUCGACUUUUGCCUUGUCCACGGCAUCAAGGUCAAAGUCGACGAGGACCUCGAGCUCCCGACACAGCAGGAACCCCCGACCAAGACUACCGCCGGCACUAGGUCCAAUAGCACACCCAUAGAGUUAGGUCGCACACGAUAAUGGUCAUCGCAGUGUUGUCGCGU